AUGGCUACUGUCAACAUUCGUCGGGAUGUCACCGAUCCCUUCUACCGUUACAAGAUGGAGCGCCUCCAGUCCAAGAUUGAGGGCAAGGGCAACGGUAUCAAGACUGUCGUCGUCAACCUGAACUCGGUUGCGCAGUCUCUGAGCCGCCCGCCUUCCUACGUCAUCAAAUACUUUGGCUUCGAGCUGGGUGCUCAGGCCAACGCGAAGCCGACCGAUGAUCGCUGGAUCAUCAACGGCGCCCACGAUGCCCCCAAGCUCCAGGACUACCUGGAUGGAUUUAUCUCUCGGUUUGUGCUCUGCAAGAAGUGCAAGAAUCCUGAAACGGAUGUCAUCAUCAAGGAGGAUAAGAUCAUCCUCGACUGCAAGGCCUGUGGGCAGCGCACCGACGUUGACCCUCGUCUGAAGCUGAGCACUUUCAUCCUCCGUAACAGCACUAUUGGCAAGGGGGGCAAGAAAGACAAGGCGGCCAAGAAGGCUCGUCGUGAGAAAGCCAAGCAGAAUGGUGAGAAUGGCGACAAAGAUGGCAGCCCCGGCGAUAGCAACUCGGACAACGGUGACGGCGAGAAUGGUGAAGUUGAGCUGGAGGCUGGCAGCGAUGACGAGCUCACCCGCCGCAUCAAGGCGGAAGCCAAGGCCAUCGAAGCCGAGAACGACGACAACGACAGCUGGGCUGUCGAUAUGUCGGAGGAAGCCAUCAAGGCCCGUGCUCGGGACCUGCCCUCGGAUCUGAAGCGCUCUCUCGUCAUCGACGAUGGCGAUGAUGACGCUGGAGCCGAUGGUCCCUCGGCCUACGAUGAGCUCGGCAGCUGGGUCCUUGAUACUGCGGCCCAGAAGGGCGGUGUUUCCAAGGUCCAGGAUGUCGACAUCUACAUCAAGGCCAAGGAACUGGGCAUCGAAACCAAGCACAAGACCUUGGCUGUCCUCGCCCAGACCAUCUUCGACAAGGACAUCCUGAAGCAGAUCCCUGACCGCGCGUCCCUUCUGAAGAAGAUGAACACCUCCGACCGCCACGCCAAGGCCUUCCUGGGUGGCACCGAACGCUUUGUGGGCAAGGACCACCCGGAUAUGCUUCCUCAGCUCCCGAAGAUCUUGCUCCAGUAUUACGAGAACGACAUUGUCGCGGAGGAGACCCUCAAGUCUUGGGGCGCCAAGGCCAGCAAGAAGUACGUCGAUAUCUCGACCAGCCGGAAGGUCCGCAAGACUGCGGAGCCUUUCCUCCAGUGGCUUGAAGAAGCCGAGGAGGAGGACAGCGACGAUGAGUAG